AUGCCAUCAGUAUCCAAAAUGAAAGCGAAGAGUGUACUCUUCCAAAACAAAUUUCUAUUUUGUGCUAGUUUACUACUCAGUUUUUGCGGACUUGCAUUUAUUUGUCUUUGGUCUGUAAUUUUCGACUGUUUAUUAACGUUGCGGGAAGGCAGUCUUAUUCACAAAUUUUGGAAAGUCAUUCCAGUGGCUUUGGAAACAGAAUUCCAUUUGUACAACUGGACAAACCCUGAAGACUUUUAUAAUCUAUCGGUGAAACCGAGAUUCGAAGAAACGGGACCUUACAGAUAUUGGCAGAAUGAAAGGAAGUCGGAUAUUAUUUGGAACGACAAUGGGACAGUCACUUUCAAGCAAAUGAAGUAUUGGCACUAUGAUAACGACGAGAAUAAUGGCAACCUGAGUAAUAAAAUCGUCACCAUCAACCCGGUCCCUCUAGCAGCAUCAUUCAUUCUAAGAAACUGGAACUACUUUUUCAAGAAAGGUCUUUUCGUCACACUACACCCUUUCUUCCACAACCUGCAACUAACACAAACCGCUGGUGAACUUCUUUUCGAUGGAUACCCGGAACCGUUGAUCAAACUAGCAAAAACAGUCCCCUUUUUUGCUCAAUGUAAUUUUCCGAACUGGGACCGAUUUGGCUGGGCCUACAACAGAAACGGAUCGACCGAAUUCGAAGGAACGUACAACAUGGGCACUGGUAUUAACUCAACCUUUGGAGAAAUCAACACCUGGGAAGGGAAAAAACGGACUCCGUUUUUUGAUGGGGCAUGUGCAGAAGUGUAUGGAUCUGCGGGCCAGUUUUUCCCGAGAAACUUGAAAAAGGACGUGGUUAAAUUAUUUUCGUCGGAUUUACGGAGAAGUGUUAACUUAACGUUUGACCGGGAGGAAACUAUAGCGGGUAUCUUGGGCUACAGAUACAUAGCGGAUGACCGAGUUUUGGAUAAUGGCACGAUUUAUCCACAAAACCGAUGUUUUUGUAACGGCGAAUGUCUACCGUCUGGAAUGGUUAAUCUUUCAAACACAAGACACGGUUUCCCGAUGUUUGUAUCGUUGCCCCAUUUUUAUAGAGCUGAUCCUUAUUACGGCAACUUGAUUGAGGGUAUGAAGCCUGAUCCAGACAAACAUCAAUUUUCUAUCACAAUUGAACCAAUGACUGGAAUACCACUAAAGGUAGAUGUCAAAAUCCAAGCUAAUUUGUAUGUUCAACCAGUUCCUGGCGUGUUAAUGUUUGAAAGUGCCCCAAGAUUCAUGCUUCCGGUCAUUUGGACAUCGCAAACGUACGAAAUUGGAGGCUUCCAUGCAUUUUUAGUCUUUUUAUUAGUAAAUCUUUCUGUGAUAUGUGUGUCUGUUGGUGUCUGCAUGGUUGUGUUCAGUAUUGGCGCAUUCGCAUUUGUUGUGUACAAAAGACAAACAAAAUAUUUGCGACAAGAGAAACAUAUCGAAUUUCUCAAAGAACAAAAUAUUCCUUUAAAAAUGAACUUUGAAAAAAUGUAACGUGUGUCAGUGUUUUAGAAGUUAAGAAAUAUGUGAUCAUGAAUGUGCUUCUGAUGCGUGUGUGAGAGAGAAAAAGAGUGAAAUAGCGAGUUUCACAGAAUGUAGCUGUGGUGAUUCUUAACGUUAAUUUUUGUACAAAAUAAACAAAACUAAUAAA